AUGCUGAGGGAAUCCGAUAUAGAUUCCCUGAACAAUCACUUAGCAUCCGUGAAUCAGGAAAACCAACGCAACCAUGAGAAUUUACAAGAUUUGCUGAACCAGUUUAAAAGCCUUUUGGAUGACUACAGCUCCCUGAAGAGUGAUUAUGAGGAGGUCAAAGAAGGUCGAGAGAAGUACAAGAGGCAAGCCCGAGGCCAGGAACGGAACCCAUUUGUUCUAGUUCUUGUGGAUGGCGAUGGCUACCUUUUCAAGGAACAUUUUCUUAAGGCUGGAAGUGAGGGUGGCAUUAAGGCCGCCCGCGAACUGAGCGACUCCGUUAGGGAGCUGAUGCAUUCGACAAUGGGAAUGCAAGCUGACUCGUGUCGGAUCAUGGUCCGUGUUUAUGCCAAUAUUCUUGGACUGUCUAAAGCCCUCGCUCGCGCUGGCAUGGUUGGACAUGAAGCCCGAUCCCUUUCCCCAUUUACCUCGUCGUUCACUCGCGCCCAGGAUCUUUUUGACUUCGUCGAUGCUGCCGAGAAAAAAAGAAGGCAGCGACUUCAAAAUUAG